UAGGACUGGGAAGGUGUCAGCACCUUUCCCAUUGGAAAGCAUCCGCCUAGGAAGGCAGAACAGUUGUCUUUUUUGAAGGAUUUUUUUUUUUUUCCCCUGCUGGCUCUUUAGGUUUUGAUUUGAUAUUUUUAAGCUUUCUGGUUGAGUGUUGUCUUUGUUUUUGAGAUCUACUGUAUGUGUUGAAUAACAAGCUAUUUUCAUUGUACUGUGCAUUUUCCCAUUGUUUGCUUUUCAUAUUCAUGCAAUGUUAAAUAUGAGGUGACCGUAUAAUAGUUAGGAGUUUCUUUACUUACAAAAUCACUGGAAAUUAUUAAAUUGCUUUCCCCUUUCCCCAAGGUGCAUUUUUUAUUAUUUUCAUAUAGUAAAGUUGAGCUUUUACAGUGCAUAAUGUGACAUUUGGAAUGCUUAUCAACUGCAUGUAAACAUUAAUAACCUGCACUUUUUGUCUUAAGGUUUGUUGAGCUGUUUUGUUCACUGUACUUUAACUGUGAUAUGGAAAAGAUUGCAUUCUCUGUGCUGUUUCUAAUUAGGAAAGAGAAUUGCUUUGAUUUUGUCUCUUGUUUACUAUAGCUUCUUAAAGUUAAGCCUUGUGCUACGAGUUGUUGGAGUACUCCUAGAUCAGUGUUUUGUAGUAGCCAGCAGUCAGUAGUGCAAGUCAACAAAAACACAGCAAACUUAGGCAAAGUGUCCUUUCUUUGAGAUGCAAGUUCAUUCGUAAGGUUUUCUUUAGGGUCAGCUGCCUAAAGUGAAACCUUUCUUACCUAUAGACUUCAUAUUCUGCUUGGAAUCCUACUGGAUCAAGAAGCACAUGUAUUGUGCUGUUGUCUUUACACUAUAACAGUUAAACACAAUCUUACUAGGACUUUGAAUCCAUUGUCUGGUUUAUGGUCAGUGGGUUUAAAAAGAAAUCCACAUGCAGAUCUUUUAAGACUUAAAAAGUGGUCAUAGAGAAGACUGAGUGACUGUAAAGAUGCUCUUUUUGUUUAAAGCAUCUCACUUUCUCUCCCCCAUUGACCUCCUAACCUUCCCUUCCCCUUCUCCUAUUUCAUUCUUCCCCUACAUUUCCCCUCCCAGGUGCUCGGUACUUUACCAAGGUUCUAUAUUUCAGUGUAUUAUGUUAGAGUCUCUUCUUGUUUUUUAUUUUGCUAGUGAGUAGCCCCAGUUUGUGCUGAAAGGGGGGGUAUAUUUGACCAUAUGUGUUAUUCAUAGAAGACAGUAUGAUCAAAUGUGCCAAAAACAAGCAAACAGAACUUAAUUCAUGACAAGUAUGCCUUAUUUUUAUUGAUCUGCUUUGUCUUACAAUUAAGGUCCAAGAGCUUGGUUAAACUAUGUUAUUUGCCUAAGUAAAAAAAGAAAACUUGAAAUGCAUUGAGAUAUUGAUGUUCUUUAAAAUGAGAGACACUGUCAAGUAAUUUGAUCCAGAAAUCAGCCACCAGAUUUGAAGAGAGAGAGACAGAGACAGAGACAGAGAGAGAAUAUGUGUGUGUGUGAGUGUGUGUGUGUGGGUGGGUGGGUGGUGGUGGUGAUGGUGGUGGUGGUGAUGAUGGUAUUUGUGGGUUUUCCCCCUUAAAUUACCAAAUCUUAUUUUAAAGCUACCUUUUAUUUGUGCCUCCUAUUUAUCAUGCAGAUGUUAGAAGCAGCAGUCAUCCAGCCACAGAGGGAGCUAAAGUUAACUAACCAGAACUGUAGAAAUCAUCAUACAUGCCUUUGAUAACAAAGGAAGUUCAUAAGAAAGCCAUGUUGGCUUUUCCUCUACUAGACACACAUUUGGAGGUAGAUGAACAUUUGCCAAAUGAGAAAAAAAGACAAAGUAGUCAGGAAAGACAAACUGUUUUCCAGCUUCUUAAAAGCCAUGGAAAGUAAAAACCAAAACCAAUGGGAAAUUUAAAAAAAAAAAAAAACCUUGAAAGUCUCACUUUCUAGUCCCAUGCAGGGGUUAAAAUUUGACUCAAAAUGGAAAGUAUCAGUUUUUGGUUUUGGGCCUUUACAUCUAAAGAUGGAUAACUAUUCCAGUUUUUUUUUUUUUUUUAAUUUCAGAUAAUGGAGAAAGCUGCUAGUGAUUUUAACCCCUGCUGAAAGGAGACAAAUAAUUUCAUUUGGGAGCAAAUACUUAUUGCCUUGAGAAAUAGCACUGUAGUAGCCUAUGUUAAUUAGUCAUAGAAUAACCUUUACCCCUUUCAAGCUAUGCAAAUUAUUAAAUAAGUGUAAAUUAGAAUUAAAUUAAAGAGAGUUGAUUAUAUUGCAAUCAGAUGGCAUUCACAAACUUAACUGAAGCAUAUACAAAUAAAAUCUAUUAGUCUAAGAGUUUUUUUUUUUUUAAUGCUGACAUAAAUAUAAUUUAGCUACCUAAUGCUAUUAACAUUGUAUGAUAGGUCUGGGAAGACUGCCUCCUUUUUUUGAAGAGAGAGAUUAAGAAUUUUUAUAAUUGUUUUUCAUCAAAUUUUAAUAUUUUUGUCAAGUUUUUAGGUAUUUAAUUUGUAAAACAGUUUGCUUUGUACUGGCAUAUAGAUAUUAGGCUAUUGAUUUUAAACUUUUUGAAGCCAAGUGAUCAAGUACAUUUGUAAUAAAAAUCAAUGGAUCUCUAUCAGUUGUACUCACUGUUUUCAUUUCUUAUUGUUACCACUGUAGGAAUUUGUACCUUUUGCUGCAGGAAAACAGAGCUAAAUUUGGGUGGAAGGGGUGGGGAAGAUAAAUCUGUUGAGAAAAAUCUGGGUGCAUUUGGUGGCCCAAGCACUUCAUAGCAUAAGAUUUAGUGUGCUGGAAAAGUUAUAAUGUCAUCCUUUUUCUUCCUGAUUUUUUUUUUAAUGGAGCUUAAUGUUUGGAGAAGUUAUCUCAGUUUUGUUUCUGUGCUUUAAAUUUUUGUGUUUUGGCAGUGAAACUUUUUAAACAUAUUUUUCUCUCAUGGCGUUUUAGGUUAAUCAGCCAGCCAUGGUGACCCCACCAUGGGCAUGGAAUUAUUUUUAUCUUUACAUGGCUUCUCUUCUCCAAUAUUUCCAUUAUUUUUCCCUUCUUGUUAUACACUCAUACUUCCAGAUAAUUUUAGAAUGGAGCUUCCUGAAAUUACUUGAGUGCUUUCAUAGCUCCAGUUUUUUAGAUAUAUGUGUACUUUUAAUAUUUUCUUCCCCAUAAAACCAGAUAGAAAAUCAUUUUUCCUCUUUUUUUGUUGUUUCUUGGAUAUCAGGAUGAGAUUUUGUUUACUGUGUGAAAGAAAGCUAAUACAAGGGCAUCUUGAGUACUUUAGAUUUGAAACAGUGGGUGACAACUGAGUAUAACAUUCAUGGUUGUUAUCUCUAAAUUUGAAUAUCAGUAAUUUAGAGGGAGCUCAUGCUUUGUCAUGAGAAUAGACUAGGGGAGAGAUCUUUUUAAUUGCUUAAGCAAAUUUACCAGUUUUGUAAAUUUGUUUUAAACUUUAUCAAAUUUUAAAAUAUUGUUUUUUUCAUUGUAAGCCAAGUUUAGACCAUUCAUAGUAAUGUACUCCAUAAAAGUAAAAUGAUCACUACUUAAAAUGACUGUUUAUCCAGCAGCAUUAAUUGCCAUAGCUCUGCAGAGUUUGCAAUGCAAUUUUAAGGAAAAGCUGAUUUAAAGAUUUAUGAAGCUAUUUGAUCCUAAAACCAAACCUAAAUUUAAGGCCUAGGCCAUUCAGCUAGUAGCUCUUUUUGAACAGAAAUUUCAUUAUUAUGGGCUAUAUAAUGGUGAUCUAAACUAGCAUUAGCAUAGUCUAAAUUAGCAUUAGUGGGAUUUCAAGAUUCAAGAGCAACCAGAUGAAAUAUAAGACUUGUGGCUGGUUCUAAACAGUUCGACAUCUCUAUCUACAAACUGACUACCAGGUUUUGAUAUUAAAAGGUGUAGGCAACUUAUGUCUUCAGGAAAGUUGAAUAUGGAAAAUAACCUCUUGUUGAUGGUUUUCUUUGAGAAUUUUAUAGUUACCCUUCCAUUUCAUGCUAUGCUUUAUGUCUUCUUCCUUCUAUUACAUUUGGAAUCUCUUCCCUCCUUCCUGCUUUCCUUCCCUCCCUCCCUUCUGUUGUCUAGCUUUUGUGGGAAAUUGUCUUGUUGAUAGGUGUAGAAAUGUGGUGGUGAUCUUUUGUAUAAAGUGAAGCUACUUUUUACAGACCAGAAACAUUUUUAUUGUUCUUGGAAUCAUAAUAAUUUUGUGAUUCCAUGAAUACACACUUUGUUUUUAUUAUUAAUUUGCAUAUUUUUUAGCAUUUCAUGGGAAAAUUAAGCUAAUGAGUUUUAAUCUUGUUGGUUUAGGUUCCACUUUAGUAAUUCAGAAGGCCUAUAAGGUUCAAGAUCACACUCUUGUGUUUUGCAAUUUUGCAAUUGUGGAAAUAUUCUUGCUGGUAUAUAUUUUGGUCUAAGAUGUCUUAAUGCAAAAGGCUUCUAGGAGGAUCUAAAUGGCAGUUAAAAGUUACAAGACAGGUGACACCUAGUUACUUGACUAACUCGCACAGUAAUAACAAUCAGGUAAUGAGUUACACUCAUUGACGUUAUGUCAAACUCUGCUGAAAUGGACUGACAGUUGGUGGUGCAGUUGGUUGUUGGUAGCUCUUGACCUCCUUGCCAAGUACGCCUGACACUUUGGCUCCUCCAUUCUCCUUUCUUUAUGAUCCUACUCAUGGAACCUGAGCCUCCCUCCUUCAGAAAGAAGUGAUAACUCUUCCCUUUGAACAUCAUAGAGAACUGAUGAUCCAGAAAGAUUUCCAUAUUUUGAAGUAAUUUGGCCUUUUUUAUUUAUUUUUUUUUCUAACUGCUGUUUUCCCCAUAGUCUUAACUUGGCAAUUUGAAGAGCAUCUAAAUGAGUGCUUGUUAGGAAAUCUGUGAAAUGAAGAGUGUAAGAAGCAUGUGUUUAAGUUACUGAGAACUGAGACUCACUGGUGUGGAAAUUGGAGAACAGAAAGGGUAAAGCUGUUUGUUUGUGAAUGGGGGUGUGAGAGACAAAGAAGAGAAUAGCUGGAAGUAAAGGAGGAGGGAUUUUUAUUGACUGUAGGAAGAAGUACUAAGGUGAACUCUGGACGGUAGUUGUUGACUAAGAAAAUAAGGUUGAGCUUCACUAAGGAGGUGUCAGUGUGUCCCCUGUCAGCUAAGAGAAAACUGUAGCUAGUUGUGGUGAUGAUGGUUUAUACAAAUCAGUUUUUGAUGCCUAUGUGUGAUGGUUUGAGGGUUUAUAGUAUAUCUGCUCCUGUGAACAAAUUCAAGUAGCACAAUUGUGAAAUGGCAGCUUUUCUGGUCAAGACAGAUUGGUGUGUGGAACUUACUAUUAAAAAAAAAAGAACAGUUCACCCUUUUUCAUUUGCCAUUUUUAAGCUGUCAGUGACGUUUAUCAUACACUAUUAUCUUGGGCUCUUGUCACAGUGUAACUUCUGUUUGCAUUUCAAGAUUAUCCUUCUAAUUCACAAGAUCCACACCCAAAGGACCUUCUUUUACAGACACUUUAGCCUUUGGUCCACAUACAUUUUUUAGAUGACAGUAAACCAGAUACAAUCACUUACUUGCUAUUUUAAGUAUCUUUUCUAUUUCCUUUACAUUUGUAGUCCUAGCAGCCAUCUAACAUUGUGGAUCUUAAGAAGCCCUUGAUAAUGUAUUUCCAGAAUUAGAUAACAUAUCCCCUGAACUCUUGUUUCUGUUUGUUUUCCUGGAAGAAUUCCCUAAAGUUAGUGUAGAUGGGUGUUAAUUAUAAUUUAAUACAUCUCCCAGGUUCUUGUGUUCCUUGUGAGGUGAGUUGACAGUGAUUAGUUAUCUGUUUUAUAAUCCCAGGAGUGUUUUAAAUUAUUUAAGGUAAACAUUUGUUUUUAAAGUUACAUAGUUCAGAUUCAGAUUGACUAAAUUUACUAUGGGUUUAUCCCCAGUAAUUUUUUUUUUAUCCCCAGUAAUUUUGACACAUUACUUUCUAGUUUCAUUUUAAUCAGGUCCCUAUACAUUCCUUUGAGAAUUUGUUUUUAAAAUAGCCAAAAGGAAGUUUUGGUCUGUACUUGGAAGAUUUUUUUUUCUUUUCUCAAGUGUCAAGUUCAUUAGCAUUAGUGGGAUUAUUUUUACAUAGUUUAUUUUGCAGAGUUGGCACUUAGUAUAAUUUUCACAUUUUAUUUUGUGUCAGAUUUUAAAUUAUAGUUAACAUACUGUAGUUUAAGUCUGUGAAGAGCCUUCUUAAAUUGUUCUUCCCUUAGGAAUUGUUAAAACAAGUGAAGAACCAGUGCUUUAAAUGACAGACAGGUCUGAAAGGUUUCCUGGAGUCUAGGCAAUGGAGAUAAAUGAUAGCCCAUUUCUAUGCUGCAUACAGUUUUUAGGGUUUGAUAAUAAUGUAGAAAAGUGCAAAAGCAGAAAAGACUCUGUAAAGUGGCCUAUAAAUUUAUAGUUUUCAUUAUUGCACUAUUUAUCUUUGCACUUGAUUUUUUGGAAAUUAAAGACUAGUCACUUUCACUUUUGUUUCUAGUCUUUUCUAAUUUCUUGCAAAAAUUGUUUUCAAUAUCCCACCCAAAGUUAAACUCAUAUGCAAUUACGUAUGCUUUAUAAGGCCAAGAAAAUAUUCAUUAAUGUUAGCUAUGUAACAGUAAAAUUUGUUUUGAUAAAAUUUUUAAUAUGGAUCUUUAUUUGCCAAUAAAAUUCUUUGUAAAUGUGAGCUUUAUUAAACUGGUUAAGUAAAGUAAAAGCUUAGGAUAGGAAAUAUGUCUGUGUAUAUGAAAUUGUGUCUUUGAGAUGCAACUUCUAUCCUGGUAUGGCCUGGCUCUGGAAUGUUGGUAUGUUUCAUUUAGUGAAUGAUAUCUGAGUCUUACUGGGCACAUGCUUAAGAAACUGCAAGUAAAGUAAAUGGCAGUUAGUUCCCUCUUUUGUGUAGCUUUCCAUGAAGUCAUAUUGUUUCCUCGUGGUUUAUGUCACAUAACUGAUAUUACAUGAAAUGACUGUUCCUUUUGAGAAUAUAAGAUUGACUCACUUUUUGAGGGAUGGGGAUAGCAAAGGAUACGAGAGUUUGAUUUAACCAGAUACCGUCUUAGCUUCUUGAUAUGCUCUGCACAGAGAACAAAGAGUGUACCUGUGAAUGUGUGAUGCUGUAUUCAGAACUGCAAAAAAAGAAAUUGAAUUUUUUCAAUGGAACAGAGAGAUGUAUUUUUGGCUGGCAUUGUUUUUAUAAGUUACUAAUGAUCUCAUUUUCUAUUUCUUUCUCUGUAGCUUUUUACACACCUCACACUUAAACCAGCAAGUAAGAGGCCUCUUUUCAGAUCUGGUUAGUUAUUCUGAAUGUGUUCUGGAUGGGGGUGUUGGUCGUGACAUGCUCUUCCCAUGUUCUGCUGGUCAUUGUGGUUCAUAAUGUUUGCAAAUUCUGUUGAAAAUUCAGUGAUGUAUUUGAAAUGAGAAUGUUGCCUACAACAUGGUGUGGAUGUAUGUGGCUAGAUUCCAUUGUGGAGUCUGUAGCUUUGUUUUUAAUUUAAGUAGAAAGUUUAACCAUAGUCUAGAUUUUAGGGUUAUGUACAGAAAUUGUGUUGUCUAAACGUGGACCAAUUUUGGAAAUGAAAGCUAAUGAAUAUGGAUUUGACUCUAGAUAAUUCUGUAUGCAAAACCUCAAGUUAAAGGCUCACGUCAUUAGAGUUACCUACAUUUGAUGGCCUUAGCUCUUUAAGCGUGGGUGACAUUCAGCAUUGUAUCUGUGAAUUUCCUUGGGAAAAGAAAAGAUUCAGUCUUUAUACCUUUUCUUGGAGGCUAAAUUUAUUGCAUAUGGAAGUGAGAAAAUUGUAGCAAGUGGCUUUAUUUUUUUAGUGGAGUUUAACCAGCUUAAUUCCUUUUUCUACUUUGAAGCACUUAUUUCCCAAAUAUGAGUAAAGGGAAAGAUCAGCACCCCCAGGCCAUUUUUGUUGUCUGCCUCCAUUUCCUAAUCCUAUUCUAUAGUGAAUUACGGGUAUCCCUCUUAAGUCCCUGUAACGCUUUUGGGGGCGGGUCACAGAUAACCUUUGAAAAUCUGAUGUAAGUGAUGAACCCUCUCCCCAGAAAAAAAUUACACAUAAUACAGAUAAUUUUGCUAAGCCUCAGGGUCAUCACAAAUCUUCUGAAUCCCAAGUUAGGAAUUUUUGCUCUGAGAAACUAUAUAGAAAAACUAUAAUGCAAAUAAAUUGAUAAAAUUAGGAACUAUUGGCUUAAAACAUUUCAGAUUGGAAUUUUUAUCAUAUGGUGGCCCCUACUAGCAAAAUGUGAUAUUGCAACUAGCUUUGUUAGACUUUAUAACAUCCAGAUCGAAAGGAAAGAGAAGUAAAGUUCUGAGAGCUAUUUAUAAGGAGUCAGGUCAUCUCCAGAUAUGGGAGCCAUUCCUGGUUCAAGGUUGGGGUCCCAGUACCUGACAACUUUAGCAGGGUAGAGUUUGAUAAACCACAAUGCUCAGGAUGCCAAGGGGUUAGCCAUUAUCUUAACCCCUUCCUCACCAAAAGAUUUUAGUUUUGUCUGUUGGGAAAAAAAGAUGGCACUAGGGAAAAAUAAGUUGCCUUACAACUUUGCUGGAACACAUCAGUUUGGUGAAGUAUGGGACACUAGUAUUAUUUUUGAGAAAGUGCAUAAAACCAAAGUAAAUUAUUCUCUAUGUAGAACAUUAUUUACUAGUAACAUUUGUUUGGGUGUAUUAGCUUUGACAAUUUUUACCAGUAAAUACUGACUUUAUUUGAAACUGGGAGUCCAGUUUACAUAUAGGAUAGUUGAUAUAUCCAUUCUCCCCCCCAUGUAAAGAAUAGUUUAAAAGAUUUAUGCAUACUUUUUACUUUUCUCUCUUGAUACCAUGGGGUGGGGGUGGGGGAGGACUUUGACUCAACAACUGACAAAUGUCUUCAAAUUUAAAAAUCAAGAAGCAGCACUUUAAGUCUAACUCCACACCAUUUUAGUGCAUGUAUUAGUUUAAUAAUGAUUUUUGGUGCAUGCCUUUGGGCUUAUUCAAAAGUGUACAAUAGAAAAGUGUAUUUCCUUUCUUAGAAAGGAGAUGUUUUUCUACUUUGCAACAUGUGAUUACAAAAAUCUUCCUCUGUGGGAAGAUUAACCAUGUAUUGAACUACUGAAAAGUAUAUAUUUUUAGAUAUACAGAAGGAAUCUACACGGGGCAGCAUUCAGACCUAUAUAGAAGUCAUAGCAUUCUGUAUAGGGCCAAAAGGAAGUAACAUUAAACACUUAAACAGACUUUGUUGGGUAGAAAUACCUUUCGAUCUUGCAUUGACUUCCAAAAAGAAAAUGCCGCAGAAGUUUGCUGAAACUUUUGUUUGAAUUUUCUCUGUCAGUGUAUUUAGCCCAAAUGCAACAGCUUUGGGUUAGCACAAUGUAAGAAUCAAAACACAAAACUAAAUAGUUCAGUCUGGUUUGCCAAUCCAGCUUGACUGAUAUAAGUAACCAAUCACUUGCAAACUGAAAAACUGUCCAACUCCUCUAAGGUUUUGACAAAUAACCUUGGCUAACGUGGGAAUACUCCUACUUUGAAUUCUGACCUGACAGUGAAGAUUCAUGCUUGACAUGAUUUCAAACCUGACAGUGUCUGUUUAAGGAGCCAUGGUACAGUUUGCUAAUUCAAUCCCUUCUUCCUGUUGAUUACCUGUAAGAUCUAGAGUACAAAGGAGCCAGCAGCCGUAUCCCUGAGUGCUCUGUGCCCAUCAGAUAUUGUGAAGUAAGCAGAGUUGGGACAGGUCACAGCUCUGAGGAUUGACCUCAGGUGCUGUAGACAGCCCUAGAUUCAAGAAAUAUAUCUGCUUCCUUGGGAGUCAUCACUGAAAUAGUGUCCCAUACUGCAUUACUUAUUGUAGAUGCUCUCCAAGAGGAGGCCCAGAGCACACAUCCUAAUUGCUCGUGGUACUCAGAGAGGGGGGUGCUAACUCUGAUACCCUGGCCAAAUUCCAGUUUAGGGAUGUGGGUCUUCUUGUCAUUCUAAUUGGAAAUGUGCAUCACUUCCCAUUUUUCCUAUUGCUCUCAGUGCAAACUACACAAGUCUGUUCCUUUGCCCCAGUCCCAAGUCUCCAAGAUACUGGUAUUAUAUGGGCCAAGUUCAUGCCUUAAUGCACAAGAGUUGAAGAAUGAGUGAGCUUGGCAUCAUCAGGAUGCAUUGUACUUGGAGGGUAGACUCUUGUGAUGCUUGGGGAUGAAACCACAGCCCUCUUUUAGCAUAUGUUAGAAAGUAUGUGCUGGUUGGGAGCUUCCAGCAUAAGGUAUGAGCUGAAACCAAUUUCCCCUCUUUUCUUAUAGCAUGAUGAGAAAGUCUGUUGGGUUUUCAGCAGUUGGGGAAGGCCGGAGUUCUGCAGCUUUAAUCUGGGUAACUAAGGCUGGUUUAAUCUGGGUAACUAGCUGGUUUAAUCUGGUUAACUAAGGUUGGUUUGAGCAAGACUUUGGUAAAUUAACUGGGUUCUCAGAUGCCACAGACUCCGUGAGAAGUCACCAUUAUUUUCAAUGGCCGUGAUAGAGUCCCCCUGUAGCUGUUACUUUAAGAUUACAUGCAGAGUUGCUUUAUUUUGAGCUUUUUGUGUACACACAAUCCCAAACUGGAAAAACUUAAAAAGGAAUCCUGCUGUGAAAGGUAUAUAUUACUCUAGAUUUUUCUUACUGUAAAUAUUGUAAGAUUGUAAUACUGUCAAUAUUUUAUUAACCAACAAAUGUUAAUCUAUGUGAAAUCAGACUUAUUUUAAAUGUGCUUCUUAUUUACUGUGUGUGGUCCCUGUUGCUGACAGUAUUAAGUUAUAUUCUGAUGUAAGAUUAACUUUAUUAAAGAAUGUAAACAUUAAUGUUUCCUUAUGGGAAAACAAAUAAAGUAUAAAGAAGACAAUUCUUUUCAUUGAAAUAUACUGUGUAUUUACACUUGCUAGACCCAGCACCACUUAUAAACUUAGUACACUGUCCAGUCUCAGUUAACACAGCUGACACGGUUGUGCUCCACUUGAAAGUCUAAGCCUUGGUGUUGUUGGAAUAUAAACAGUUUGUAUUUGUCUGCUGUGAAUCAUCUUGAAAUUUCUAAUCAAGUUUGUAAAAUUUUUAUAGUAAAAAUUUUAAUGACAAUUUAAAAAAUUACCUUCUCAAAAGAAUGGUCAAAACAAUGUCCUUUCAGAAAUAGUUGUUCUUUACUAUCUUUCCAAAAUGACUUUGGUUAAAUGGACCAGGUGUAUAUUAGUUAAAAUCUAGGGCUAAGUUCUUGAUAUUCUUUGAGUUUACAAGUUAAUCCUUAUUGGAGUUGUGCCAAUAUACAAUAGAAUAUCAUUAAUUUGCACUGUUUGGGGACCCCAUUUAAGAAUGCUGAAUUUUGCCAACUAAAAAGUAAGCAAAUGCAAUUUUAAAAGUAAAUUUGAGCAUUCUGUGUUAAAUAUGUGCAGUUAUUAUCAUAUGAAGAAGCGCAGUGUGUUGGGCUGUAAUAUAACCAUAUUUGCUGUCAUGUUCUCCCAUCUCAGUGCUGGGAACUCACCAUGUGGAAACCAAGCAACCGUGUUGUGCAUCAGCCGGCUUGAGUUUGUUCAAUAUCAAAGCUGAAGCUAGCGAGGUCUGCUGUACUGCUUAUUGAAGUAUUGUGAUUCUUUUAGGCAUUGAUUCUUACAAAAUAUAUACUGUAACAGUAUACUUUGUACAGAUUUAAAUUUUAUUUGAAAAAAUGAAAUAAAGUAGGCAAAAAAUAAAGAUGUUUAUUUUUCAUGUGACUACAUAAA